AUGGACAUCUUCUUUGAACCCUUCAGUGGGGAGGGAUUCUGCAUUGAAGUUGGUUUUUUUGACUCAGUUCUUGAGAUCAAAGAGAAGAUUCAAAAGUACCAAAACAUCCCAGUUGCAGCACAAACGCUAAUCUUCAAUGGCGAGGUUCUUCAAGAUGAAUCCAAUGUUCAUUCCAGUGACUUAGUCCACAACUCUUACAUACAGCUCAUCAGCAGCUGCCCGGAAAAACCAGCAACCAAGGCCGAGAGCUCACCGCCACUGUCCCCGGCGGCCAGCAGAGUCCAGCUCUUGAUAAACAUUCCAACGUCAAAGUCACAGCAGUUCCCUCUUUGCAUGCACAGCAGAGGCACCAUAAGAGAGUUGAAGGAGAACAUCCAUGCAGUCAUGGAAACGCUAUCUGUUCAACAGUUGGUGCUGUAUUCAGAUGGCUCUGAGUUGCAGGAUCAUUGGUCUUUGCAUCAGUCUGGGCUUUCGGAUGGUUCGGAGAUCGAUGUCGGGUUUAUGGCUGGUGCAAUGGGGAGUAGUUGCUUUAAGAAGCUGAAGAUGAUGGUGGUGCUGCCAAGAUGUGGAGGAAAGAAAACUGCAGUUGAAGUGAACGGGUCAGACAAAGUGAGAGUGCUGAGGAUGGAACUGGACAAGUUGCAGAAGUGCCUUCAAUUUUAUCUCCCUAAGGAUGGCUACUACUUCAUAUACAAGGAGCAUGUGAUGGACGAGGAUCGGUCCUUUCGAUGGCACCAUGUUGGCCAAGGUGAUACCAUAGACAUCUCCCCUACAAGUAUAAGCACCCAUUGGCCAUGAAAUUUAUCUUGCUUCGUCUGUUUUGAUGAUGAUCGUGUAAUGGCUGCUUGUGUAAUUUCAUGUAAAAAUAUAAGCUAAGUAAAUAAGA